CCGACUUCCGGUAUAUACCGGAAGCCGGAAGCUGCGGCGAGCGGAGGGUCUUUGGUGGCACUUUGGUUUAUCUGGAUCGUGGAUUGGGCAACCCUGAGCAUAAGCGUGGCUGUUGCGGCAUUCCCGGUGUGAUAUCCUUGGGAUGUUCUACCUGGAUGAGAGGUAGAAGACCUGGGAGCGAAUAGGACAGUGCAGGUGUGCUGUGUUUCCUUGGUUUUUAGGACAUUCCCACAUUAUUCCAUCCCACUUCUUGGGAUUUACACCAGACUUGGGAUACUUGCUAAACAUAUCAGACAGCUGGGAAUACUUGGGACAAAUCAUGGAUAUGGUGCAGGAAGUCCAUAAUUUCCCUGAUCCCUUUGUUAUUUCACUGAAUUCCAUGGCAGGAAGGUGGAAUUAGAUGAUCCCUGAGGUCCUUCGCAGCCCUGUGGGCAUGGUGGGAUAAGGCCAGAUCCCAGUUUCCAUGGUAGAAUGAGAACCUGGGAUGGGAUGGAGUCUGGAAUGCGGUGAAUUCUGGACUGGGAUGGAGACAUCCAGCUGGAAUUUGCAAGUUAGGGCUGUGGGUGGAUUUUUCAUUGACAAAACACUCUGGGACACACAGAAUUCCAUCCAAAUAGGCUUGGGAAAGGGGGAAAAAGUCUUUUCCCAAGCAGGAGUUAGUGGUAAUGUUGUUUCUCCCUCUCAGUUAAUGGAACCCAGCACAGCUGCUCCAAGGAUUUUAACAAGCCUGGAUUUCAGUUGGAAACCUAUUCCCAGUUGGAUUUGGGAACUGGUUUGCCUCUUUUUUUUUUUUUUUGUGUCCCAGAAAUCUGGGAGGAUGGAUACACUGAGGAACCGGACAGUGGAGGAGCUCCGGGAGCUGCAGGAGGAUUCCCAGGAGAUUGAGCGCUUGGCUUUGGAAUCCCAGGAGGUUCAGGAGCUCCAGCUGGAAAGGGAGAUGGCCCUGGCUGCCAACCGGAGCUUGGCCGAGCAGAACCUGAAAUUCCAGGUGCCGCUGGAGACGGGACGCAGCGACCUUUCCAAGAAAUACCAGGAGCUGCAGGAGCUGGCUGGGAGGUGCAGGGAGCAGAAGGAAAAGCUGGAGAAAUUCUCAGCAGCACUGCAGCCUCAGACUUUGCUGGAUCUCCUCCAGGUGGAAAGCCAGAAGAUUGAAGAGGAAUCUGAGAAAAUGGCUGAGAAAUUCCUGGAGGGCGAGGUGACCCUGGAGACAUUCCUGGAGCAGUUUUCUGGGAUGAGGAAGUUGUCCCACCUGCGCCGGGUCCGAGUGGAAAAGCUGCAGGAGAUCGUGAGGAAGUCGGAGGGAUCCCAGGAGCGCAUCAGGGACUCUCGGCCUCCUGUUCCUCCUCCUCCUCCUCACGUUCCCACAGAUCCACCAAAACCCUUCCCAUCAGGAUCUCAGGCAUUCCCUCUACCCUACAGCCCAGCUCCAACCCUUCCACCCGGCCCCACUGCCCACGGAGCACUGCCUCCUGCCCCUUUCCCGGGAUCUCCAGUCACUGUGGGACAUGUGGCUUCCUCCCAGCCCAGCUCCCAGUCCACCUUUCCCUAUCCACUUCCUCCAGCUGCCGGAUAUCCAGCAGCUUCCACAGCUGACUCUGCACCGGGGUAUCCCAGAUCCACCUCAGGAGGCUUUUCCUGGUCUCCAUCCCGUGGAUCACCACAGCCCUUGCCCUAUCCUGCUCCCCAUCCCUCUCCUCCCCCAGCCAGACCAGGAUACUCUCCCUACAUCCCACCUGGAGCAGGGAGACCGCAGUGUCCAUACCCCACUCAGCCCCCUCUUCCGAAUUUCCCAAUCCCAACUCAGGCUCCCUAUCCCGGGGCUCCCCCACCCUUUGGAUACCCCCCGCCUCCAAACCCUCAGCGUCCUACCUGGCCUGGAUACUAGUCCAGGACUUCUGGGGAGCAUCCUGUGCUGAUUCCUCCUUUUUCUGGGGACUGAGGAAGAGGAGGGAUCCCAGAGUGUUGCUCCUGGAUCCGUUGGUGCAAAGGAAUUAGACGGGAUAAGAAUUGGGCUCUGGAGAUCGGAGCGAGAGGCGGAGCCAGACCGGCAGAAAUCCAGAGAGGAGAAACCUCCAGGGAAACCAUGGAGCACCUUGCAGUGCCUAGAGGGGCUCCAAAAGAACUGGACAAGGAAUUGGAGUGAUGGGAUAAUGGGGAAUGGCUUCACACUGUUAAAGGGUGGGUUUAGAUGAGGAUUUUGGGAAGAAAUUCUUCCCUGUGAUGGUGAUGACACCCUUGAGCGAUGGAAUUCCCAGGGAGGUCAUGGCUGCUCCAUCCCUGGAAAUGUCUGAGGCCAGUUUGGACAGGGCUUGGAGCAACCUGGGCUAGUGGAAAGGGAUUGGAAGUGGCUGAUCCCUAAGAUCCCUUUCCACCCAAACCAUUCCAGGGCUGUCAGUGGGAGAUGGUGAUUCCCACCCAGGCCUGGGCAACCUCCAGUAUCCCCAACCUCCCGUGUGGUUUUUUGGGCUACUCACAUCCCCCUUCUCAGGAAACACUUGGAAACGGAGGGAAUGACAAAUGAUGGAAAUGGGAUUUGCUUUGCUCAGCACUUUAUCCUUCAAAUCCUGCCUGUAUCCCUUUAAGUUAUUUAUAAGGAAUGAUUACUAAUGGACUAGGAAGAGGGGUUGAUGGAAGCAAUUCCAUCCCUGGGAUUAAUUAGAGUAAUAAAACUGGAUGAAUUAAUUGCA